UUAGAAAAAUAGUUAAGAACAAAGAAUUUGUUGUAAUUAGUUAUAAUAUCACUACACUUUGUUUACCUGAUGCUGAAUUAAAAAUAAUUUUAUCAGCAGAUAUAGAGACUUGUAUAGCUUGA